ACUAUAUUCUAAAGUCUAAACGACUACUUCCGGAACUUUGUCUUCCCUCGUACGCUUUGGAGUUUGGGGCGUUUCAUACAAUUGGCGCCUUCGCGGUUUUCCACCAUUGUCCACUUUCCCCAAACCCCAGUACCUCCUCUGCUCCUCUACAGUCUCCACUUUCCUCAAAACCCUAUAAAUUUUCAAUUGUUAUUCGCAAUUCUGGGUUUCAAUUUUCUCAAAAUUAAGACUUUGGAGAAAAAUCAAGCUAACAAUAAUGGAGUUGGACCCUGAUGAUAUUUUCCGUGACGAUGAAGACGAUCCUCAGUCUACUUACCUUCAGGAGAAAGAGUCAAGCAAGGAGUAUGUGGUGUACAUUGUUGAUGCUUCUCCUAAAAUGUUCAGCAGCUCUUGUCCCGGGGAGGAUAAAAAUGUCCAGACUCAUUUUCAAUUGGCUAUCAGCUGUAUCUCUGAGUCUCUGAAGAAUCGCAUUAUUAAUAGCUCAUAUGACGAAAUUGCAAUAUGCUUUUUCAACACCCGAGAAAAGAAAAAUUUGCAGGAUAUAAACAACGUUUUUGUAUUCAGUGUUGAUGGUGAAGAUGCUUUGAGUAGGCCAACAGCUAAGCUAAUAAAAGAAUUUGAUCAUAUUGAGGAAUCAUUCAUGAAAAAGAUAGGAAGCCAGUACGGGAUUGUAUCUGGAUCACGGGAGAACUCUCUCUACAAUGCUCUUUGGGUUGCUCAAGCGUUGUUACGUAAAGGAUCUUCAAAGACAGCUGACAAGCGAAUGCUUCUGUUUACGAACGAGGAUGAUCCGUUUGGGACCUUGAAGGGAGUAACAAAGCUAGACAUGACCAGGACAACUUUGCAACGAGCAAAGGAUGCACAAGACCUUGGUAUCUCAAUUGAACUUCUUCCAUUGAGUUAUCUUGAUACGGAGUUUAAUGUUUCCCUUUUCUAUGCUGACAUGCUUGGAUUGGAGGAUAAUGCUUUAGUUGAUUUUGUUUCGUCCUCUGUAGAAAGAUUGCAAGACAUGAAGGACCAAUUGAGAAAGCGUAUGUACAAGAAGCGUAGAUAUAGAAUUUAUACAUUAUCAAUUGUAAAUGGCAUAUCUAUACAAUUGAGUGCAUAUGCUCUACUUCGUCCAACUAAUCCAGGAAAUAUUACUUGGUUGGAUUCAACGACCAAUCUUCCUCUGAAGUCUGAAAGGUCAUUAAUAUGUGCUGAUACUGGUGCACUUUUGGAAGAAGCUCCUAAACAAUUUUUAUCAUAUAGAAACCAGGAAGUAAAGUUUUCCGCGGAGGAGAUUUCACAAUUAAAACGAGUUUCGACAACACAACUUUGUCUUCUUGGAUUUAAGCCUUUGAGUUGCUUGAAGGAUUACCAUAAUCUGAAGCCAUCAACGUUUUUGUUUCCAACUGAUGAGGAAAUGAUUGGAAGCACUAAGAUCUUUAUUGCUUUGCAUCGAUCUAUGCUGCGGCUUGGGCGCUUUGCAGUUGCUUUUUUUGGUGGCUCGACACAUCCUCAGUUAGUUGCGCUUAUUGCUCAAGAUGAGAUAACUUGUGCCAGUGGUCAGGUUGAGCCCCCCGGAGUGCAUAUGAUUUACCUACCAUAUUGUGAUGAUAUAAGAAACCCUGAAGAGCUUCAUAUGGAUGCCACUUUCACCACCCCUUGCGCAUCAGAUGAUGAAAUCAAGAAAGCUAUUGCCCUUAUGAAACGUGUAGAUUUGAGAGAUUUUUCAGUAUGCCAGUUUUCUAAUCCUGCCUUGCAGAAGCACUAUGCAGUACUACAGGCCUUGGCUCUUGAAGAAGAUGAAAUACCAGAAAUAAAGGAUGAAACACUUCCUGAUGAAGAGGGCAUGUCUAGGCCUGGUAUAGUCAAUGCAAUUGAAGAGUUCAAGCUCUCGGUUUAUGGGGAAAACUACAAAGAAGCAGAGGUAGCAGUUAGUGAAGCAACCAAAAAACGCAAAGCAGUUACUGAAAAGGCAGUGCAAGAGUCUGCUAACUAUGACUGGGAAGACCUUGCUGAUAAUGGGAAGUUGAAAGAUUUGACCGUGACAGAGCUGAAAUACUACUUAUCGGCACACAAACUGGCAGUUGGUGGAAAGAAGGAAGCUCUUAUAAGUAGGAUUCUGAGUCACAUGAAUAAAUAAAUGUUCAAUGAGCUUGGAUUCUGAUGCUCAUUUCUAGUAGUGCAAACAUGUAGUAACUUGUAAGCUCUGGAAGUGGCAAAAUUUCACAACUUCGGCAUUACUUCCCUCCAUUUUGUAUGCAUUGCUCUGCUCUGCUCCAUUGUCUUUUGUCCAAGUUCAGGUUCAUGUUACCUGGGUGUACCAAUUCUGUCGGCCGUUUUUCUUAAAUCUAUUUAUUGGUUUUCUAA